UUUCCCAGCCAGCACACUCUCUCUCCUCCUCCCCAAGUAAGGGCAGGGUGAGGACAGCGAGCGUCUUCAGUGGCUGUUACUGAGCAUGCGCAGGAGGGCUGCCCUCCUGCGCAUGCUCAGUAACAGCCAAGCUGCCCCUUGUGUCUGAGGGGAGCGAAUGGGGCGGGGCCCUCCAGCCGGGCGGUAGGAUAUUGAUCGCUGCUCUCCGCCCUGGAACGAGGCGAGACAGGCAAAGGAGCGCCUUCGGCUGGGGCUGGCUGCCGCGGCGGCAGGAGACAGGCGAGCGAGCGGCGUGGUGCGGCCGCCGCUAUGGCCAGUUCUCACUGUGAGACCGUUGCGCCCUGCAGUCGGAGGCAGGCGGCGCUGGAGCGAGGAGCCAGGAGGAUGCAGCAGGAGGGAGCCGCCCGGGGAGCUGCUGCCGGGCUCGGCGCGGCGGUGUGGGGAGAGGAGGGCGAGGCGGAGAAAGUUGUCUACUCCCGGUCGCAGGUGUCCUCCGCCGGCACCAAGGCGCUGGGCGACGCCUUCAAGCUCUUCAUGCCCCGCUCCACCGAGUUCAUGAGCUCGGACUCGGAGCUGUGGAACUUCCUCUGCAGCCUCAAGCACCAGUUCUCCCCGGUCAUCCUGCGCAGCAAGGACGUGUACGGCUACGCCUCCUGCCGGGCCGUGGUGCCCGACAGCCUCCCGGCGCCGGGGCACCGGACCCGCCGCAGAGCGGCCAGGAGGCGCCCCCUGGCCGCCGGCACCAGGCGCGGAGCGCCCGGCCGCGCAAAGAAGGGGAGGAAACGCGCCCCAGCGCUCGCCGGUCCCCCCGGCAGGGAGGCGCAGCCGCCGCGGGAGGCGGAGCAGGUCGGCUCGGCCGAGGUGCCCUCGUGUGCUCCCUUUGGGGGCCGGUCCUUGGAGGAGAUCUGGAAAGCGGCCACCCCCAGUCUCACCACCUUCCCCACCAUCAAGGUGCGGGGCAGCGUCUGGAAGCCGCGGAGCCUGGAGGCGGCGCGGCGCCAGGCGCAGCGGAUCCUUCGAGUGGACCUGGCGCCAGUGGUGAGGCUCCGCCGCUUCCCCGUAGCCAGAUCGUGAGCUGCUGCCCCGCCUGGGAACGGGGACAUCGGGGCGGGGGGGAGGCUGUUCCCCGGGAAGAAGCGAACAGAGACAAGUGUCAGUCACCUGUUUACA